AAGAAAAAACUUUUUUGUUUUUGAGAAAAUGUAAUGGUGAUCAGUUUGACGGGAUCUCGAUUUAUGCCCUCUCAUAUAUUAAAUCAAAGUUGAAUCUCCCAAACAAUCCCUGUACAAAUAAACCCUAAAACCCCAAUUCAAUUAAACACAAAAUAAUUCUGAUCAAAAUGGCAUCAUCAGAAAUCGAAAUUGUAUCGGAUGCAAGUGAUCAAAUGAAUUUAGAGCAACCCCAGAAUCAAAGUAUUGUUAUCUCCGACAUAUUUUCAGCUACUGCUUAUGGAGAUUUUAGCAAAUUAAAAAAAUUUGUAGAAGAAGAUGGUGUUUCUGUUAUGAUUCCUGAUGGGAAUGGCUAUUAUGCCCUGCAGUGGGCUUCUCUCAACAAUUUUCCUGACAUUGCCCAGUAUAUUAUUCAGCACGGUGCGGAUGCAAAUGCCACUGACCACAUGAAGCAGACGGCGCUGCAUUGGGCAGCAGUACGUGGCUCAAUUGCAGUGGCUGGUGUGUUGUUGCAGAAUGGAGCACAGGUGGAGGCUGCUGACAUGAAUGGCUAUCGGGCAGUUCAUAUUGCAGCUCAAUAUGGACAAACAGCAUUUUUAAAUUUCAUUGUCGCAAAGUUUCAUGCCGAGUUUGAUGUACCAGAUAAUGAUGGAAGAAGCCCUCUGCAUUGGGCUGCAUACAAAGGGUUUGCAGAUACUGUCAGAUUACUUUUAUUCAGAGAUGCGAGUCAAGAGAGACAAGACAAAGAAGGUUGUACCCCGUUGCAUUGGGCUGCAUAUCAAGGAAAUGUGGAGGUCUGCACUGUACUUGUAUAUGCAGGCACAAAGGAGGAAUUGAUAGUAAAGGAUAGUACUGGACUUACUCCUGUACAGAUUGCUUCCGAUAAAGGUCACCGGAGUCUCACUUCUUUCCUUCUUAGAGCGCAGCAUGCACAAGGCAUUUCCUGGAAAGACAGAGUUUUCUCUGGAAAAUUGAGUUUUGUAGGUUAUGCACCUAUACUGUUCUUUAUAAUAGUUAUAACCACCUUGAUGUUCAUCAAUACAAUACUUCUUGCUUCCAAUCUUCCAAAAGUUACUGCUGUAGUUGGACUUUGGGGAUGGACGGCUGUUUCAAUAUCAUUUUGUACAGUUUUAAUGUUAAUCCGUUGCAGCAGUAAAGAUCCAGGCUUUAUAAAGUUUGCAAGAGGAACUGGACACUUUACUGAUACGGAGGACCCUUUACUGAAUGUUGAUCUGAACAAUCCUGCUAUAUCACUUCGAGAUUGGUCUCAACUCUGUCCUACCUGCAAGAUUAUAAGGCCUACCCGCUCCAAACAUUGCCCUGUAUGUAAGCAUUGCGUGGAACAGUUUGACCAUCAUUGCCCCUGGAUAUCUAAUUGUGUAGGAAAGAGGAAUAAAUGGGACUUCUUCAUCUUUGUCUUCAUGGGAACUUCAAUAGCAUUCCUUGGUGCCGUUGUUGGCUUCCACAGGUUAUGGACAUCAGCACCAGUAUUACAAGACGAAGAGAUAUGGAUUCACCACCUGGUGGUUCAACAUCCUGGUGCUGUUGUAUUUAUGUUUGUCGAUGCUAUAAUUUUAAUUAGUUGUGGAACUUUAAUGACAGCACAACUAUAUCAAAUAUCAAGGAACAUCACCACAAAUGAAUUAUCAAAUCGCGCACGUUACGGAUAUCUUCAUGGUCCAGAUGGCCGUUUUCACAAUCCUUACGAUCGGGGUUUGCUCAAGAAUUGCUCAGAUUUUUUUAUCCGUGGAUACACUGAUGAUCUGAUUGCACAUCCUCCUUCAUGAUUACAUAUCAUAGAACAUAUUUAUGAUUUUAAAAGGGCUGGUUUCAUGCUACACGUCGAUGAAACUUUUUUAGUGAAAGUUUGAAACCAAGGGGAGACCUUCAGAUCGCUUCUAUGUAGAUAUCUUAAGGUCGUGUUAGAAACCCCCCAUCUUUUGUUGUAUACAGCUUCCUCGGUAUAGGGAAAGAACCAUUCUGUAUUUUCGAAGACAGGACUUGCCUCAAAAUGUUUGUUGCUGUGAAAAAAAUAGAUGCUGAUCAUUUGUAACGUAAAAGUAACAGUAGUAGUUAUUGUUUUGUGCGUUCA